CGACGUUAUACUUUACUUAUAAUGCUCAUAAUUCCUGAAUCAUGUGUAUAAAAAAUAUCUUAAUUCUGCUUGAACAUUACAGCUCUUUGUCCUGAUAUGAGUACGUGUUAUAAGUACUGCGAAAAUGGGUUUAAAAUUCGCGACGAUGGAUGCAAGAUAUGUAAAUGCAACAAGCCAUCCUACUGUCCCGUUAAGUCAUGUUAUUUGUUCUGUGAAGGAGGGUUUCUAAUUGGUACUGAUGGAUGCGAAAGAUGUAAAUGUAAAAACAAACCAUCCCAUUGUAAAGAUCCGAAGUGUGAUAUCAAAUGUGAAUAUGGAUUCAAAACAGGUUAUGAUGGGUGUGAUAAAUGUGAAUGCGAACAGCCACGUAAGUCUGUACAAUCAUCUGUAUUAUGUAAAUUCAACAUAUUUUCUGGGUAA